UCUAUAAAAGUUAAAUGGUGGGGGAACGAUCUAAGUCUCAUGUACAUGGUAGAUUAUGCACUACAGCUUUUAGAAUUUGUAUAUCAGAACUUCGAUCUAUUUUUUUCCUUCUCAGCAAAAAUUUAGAAUUUGUUCUCGUCUAGACUUUUCAUCUGAUUUUUUUUUUUUCUUUCGUUAGAUCUCUGCUUAACAGGUAUGGAGAGAAUGGUGCUGGAAAGAAAGAAACGGUUUGAAAAAAUAACUGAGGAUAUCUUAGAGUCAAUCUUGAAACGGCUUCCUUUGAUUGAAAUUCUUCGAGCCAAAGCUGUUUGGUUUGAAGAGCAGCCUACCGUCAUCUACUCUUGGCCGUCAUCUACUCUUGGCCGUCAUCUCCAUAUUGGAUCAUCCCACGGAUGGCUGAUUGUGGCGGACGGAAGAUCAGUUGUCUACCUUUUGAAUCCAUUCACGCUAGCAACAAUCCAAUUUCCUCAACUAGAUCGUUCUUUCUGGGUGGAACCAGAUGAUUAUCUCAGAAGAAAUGAUUAUUGGGAUACGAACGACAUCCCCCCACAAGAUCUCAUGGGAAAAGCUAUUCUAACUGGAGAACCCAAUCCCAGUGGCAACAACAAUUACAGUCUUGUGAUUUUGAUCUAUAACAUCCAUGGUCAACUGAUUCAGGGAAGAAAGGAAAUUUUUGGAGCUGCCUCUGUCCUCCUCGCUGACAACUUUGCUCUGCUGGAUGCUUUCUCUCAAUCCCUGGUCUUACAUACUUCAAGGGAGGGGAACUCUGCUGCAGAUUUCAUGGCUUCUCUAGAUCAUAAUGUUGUCACUGGGACAUCAAUUUUCCCAGAACCGCCGGCUCCCGGCUCGCAUAGGCUUUAUCCGGACUUUGGCAUUAAUUUUUAGCUUUCGAUCUUAAAAAAGGAAAAAAGAAACAAAAAAGACAGUUAAUUUUCAAUGAUCUCAAGAAGAUAAGAAGAACAUUCAAAUAAUUAGACGUGAGCUUCAGAUAGUGAAGCGUGUGGUACAUUUAAUGACUAAUUAAUGUUUGUUUCAUUU